AUGACUUCAUCCCCUCAGGAGGUGCCGCUGCACACCAUCGAUAGGACGCCCGAGUAUGAAGACUUCAUGAACAAGCUGCGGGAGUACCACGCAAAGCGAGGCACGACGCUCGACCCCGAGCCCAAGGUGGGCAUGAUUCACCUCGAUCUGUACAAGGUCUUCAACCACAUUGUCGCAAAUGGUGGAUAUGACAAGGUGUCAGAGGAAAAACUGGCGUGGCGGCGCAUGGCAGCUGAGCUGGGCCUUCAUUCAAAUAACGAGGCAUCGACGGCCUUUGCUCUCAAGGAAAAGUUCUACAAGAACCUCGCCGCCUACGAAAUCAGCACGAUCCACGGCAAGGAGCCGCCGCCCAAGGACAUUCUGGAGGACGUCACGGCCAAGGGCGCCGGCUUGUUGACGCGCACAAGGGAGAACUUCCGCGGCAAGAGGGAGAGCAAUGUUGGAGCCACCGACAGCGCUGCGUCUGGCGAUGACGGCACUCCCGUCCAGGAACGGCCGCUGCCUGACGCUGCCGCGAGCGCUCGCGCAUCCCGCGGUCUUCGCGAGGCUCCUCCUCAGCGAGUCAUCUUCCAGCCCGACACAGGCCCAUCCCGAGUUACCAGACAGGCCUCCAACCAUCAGACUGGCAGCUCAGCCUCGCCAGCGGUGAACCACGCGCAGCAGUCCGCUCACCACCACCCCUCCGCUCAUCCGAUGCCGCUCAUGGCAAUUCACAACAAUUCACGAGGGCCUUCAAUCCUCCAUCACCCACCCAACUCCGAAAACACGUCGCAUUUGGUCACUUCGUACCAGCCAAAGCCCAUGAAGCCCCUCCAGCUGCGCCCUGUGGCAACCCCAAGCAAUGCGCCGGGCGAAUUCCUUAAAGCCAGGCUGCCCCACCGUUUCGCUCCUGAUCCUGCUAAUAGACAGCCUAUGCAGCCCGGCACCUUUGCGCUCAACCACCUGGUCAAGAUCUCCUUUGAGCGGGGUGACAAGUACAAAUUCGAUUCUUUCCCAGGUCUGGCCGAAGGUCUCGUGGAGAAGGCGCUGCAGAUAGGCAGCCUUUUCUACCACGUCAACUGGACCGUCUCCUGGGACUCCUUCACCGAAUCCAACGACAUUGGCUGCCUAGAUGGCAACUAUGGCACGCAGGACAUACUGGAGCGAAUCGAGAACCUGGUUGAGAGAGACAUACCCGAUGUGAUCCAACCGGAAAAGUUUGCCGACGAGAUGGUACUGACGACCGAAGCCAUUCUCACCAUUCGAAACAUGGUGACGCUGCCCGAAAACGCACAGAACAUGUCCGACUUCUUCCCCGUCAAGGACCUGAUCAUCAUUCUUCUGCAUCUACCCGCAAGGGACUCGCUUAUCGAGGUCAAACACCUUGCUCUCGAUAUCGCAGAGCAGCUGACGCCCUGGAUGACUCUGGAAUCCGAUGAUCCCCUCUACAAAACGCUCCUAUCUCAGCUAGCAUCGGAAGACCGAGGAACGAUUUUGACCGCCCUCCGCGCCCUCGGACGCAUCUCUGUGAACCUGGAGGCCACCAAUAAAUUGGGCGAGGUUCCCGGCUCAACCCUCCAGCGUAUCGUGAACUGGCUGUUGCUUAACGACGACGAGCUCAUCGACGCCUGCCUCGACUUCCUCUACCAGUACACGGCCGUUGUCCCUAACCUGGACAACCUGGUGCGCUCCAUCGUCCCCGACAACCUGGUCCAGCAGCUUGUCCGGCUGCUGGCUCACGGGGCUCGCAAGUACACCAGGGACUACACGUUGGUACCAGAACAGAGGCUGCCGGCAAAGGACGAAAUUGCACCCAUGCCCAAUGACCUGCUGCAGGAGAUGCUGAAGCUAGAGGAGCCCGACCGGGUUCACCAGUGGGUCAGGUGCUUCUUUGAGGAGGACAACCGAUCGUUCAUCACGCAGCUUGCCGCAUGGCAGGCCUACCAAUCGGCUUUUGCUACCCCCCUGAAGACGCUCAACCAACCGAUGAUCACACCGGCCGACUUCAUUAGGAGCAGUACGUCUGUGUACAAGGAUUCCAACGCCCAAGUGCUUAGAGAGCCGGGCGACCCACAGCAAAAGUUCAUCAUCCACGGCAUCCGGGCGCGGCCCCGGCCCCUCGCCUUUGACGGCACCGAGUACGGCCGCUGCCUGUGGGCCAUGAACCCGGACAAGAAGAAUGAAAAGUGCGGCCACUUUUACCUCAAGCAGGAGGAGAUGUGGAACCACAUCCUGACGAUGCACCUGAACGAGCAGCGGGGCGACAACGGCCAGUUCCCCAACGUCGAGAGGGAGUACCGCUGCACCUGGGGCGAGUGCACCAAGUACGACAAGCCCACCAAGAUGCGCCUGCACACCUUUGCGCGCCACAUCUCCACGCACAUCUCGACCAUGAUCCCCGGUCCCGGCUCGCACAACAACAGGCGGCCGCGGCAGCCGUGGGUCAUCCCGGCCAAGACGAUGAGCAUCGUGCUGGAAGAGACGCCGACGUUCCGCGACGAGCGCAUGCCCGAGGCGCCUCCCCAGGCUGGCGGCAUCCCCCUGAGCGCCGUGCUGGUGCUUCGCAACAUUGCGCGCAACGUGGUCAAGACGGAGGCGGAGGAGGAGCUCCUCAAGGAGCAGUCUAGGACAGCUGAAAAGGGGGGCUGGAACGAGAGGCUGUUCCGGCCCCAUUUGUCGCAGCUGUAUGGUAUCUUGGCGGAGAACCUUGCCAUGAGCCCUUAUAUCGCUUCAUUACUGGAGUUGAUUAUCCCUGCGCCUGAGCGCGAUUGA